AAUAUAUGAACUGUUUUCUUAUGUGGCCUGUCCAAUUGUUGGUGAGGAUGAAAAAAAGUUGUAAACCUACUUUCUUUUUCUAUCUAUCUCCGUUUUCACGUAACCAACUUCUUUGUCUUCUCUUCUUUUUCAAAUCAAGAUAAUGAAAUAAGGAAACAAAAGUUUACAAGUUUUCAGAAAAACAAUGGCUAAUGCAAAGGAAACAACGUUUUAUAUAACAAUCUCUGUGGUUGCUUUUGUCAUUGGCAAAAUCGUAAUCGCUCUUCUUUUCUACAAGAGAUGGAAGAGAAAGCACACAAUUCAUGAAAAUGGAUUUCCAGUCAAAGGAGGAGGAAAAAUGGUGAUGUUUAGAUCUCAAUUACUUAACUCUGUUUCCUCCGACAUGUUUAUGAAGAAGACACAUAAACUAAGCAACAAAGACAUUCUUGGUUCUGGAGGAUUUGGAACUGUGUACAGAUUAGUCAUUGAUGAUUCAACUACUUUUGCUGUGAAGAGGCUAAACAGAGGAACUUCUGAGAGAGACAGAGGGUUUCAUAGAGAGUUAGAAGCAAUGGCUGAUAUAAAACACAGAAACAUUGUAACUCUUCAUGGCUACUUUACUUCUCCACAUUACAAUCUUCUCAUCUAUGAGCUCAUGCCUAAUGGGAGCUUGGAUUCUUUUCUACACGGAAGAAAAGCUUUGGAUUGGGCGUCGAGAUAUAGAAUCGCAGUAGGAGCGGCUAGAGGGAUUUCGUACCUUCACCAUGAUUGCAUUCCUCACAUUAUCCAUAGAGACAUCAAAUCUAGCAACAUACUUCUUGAUCACAACAUGGAAGCUAGGGUUUCUGAUUUCGGUUUAGCCACUUUGAUGGAGCCAGACAAGACUCAUGUUUCGACUUUUGUGGCUGGAACAUUCGGAUAUUUAGCUCCUGAGUAUUUCGAUACUGGAAAAGCGACAAUGAAAGGAGAUGUUUACAGUUUCGGAGUUGUUCUGUUGGAGCUUUUAACUGGAAGAAAACCAACAGAUGACGAGUUUUUCGAAGAAGGAACAAAGCUUGUUACUUGGGUAUAAAGUUAUCUAUCUAUUUUCCUUGUAUAAGUUAUUAAUCUUGUUUGGUUUCAAGCGACGUCGUUGUGGUGUGUAAUUGUAUACAGGUUAAAGGAGUGGUAAGAGACCAAAGAGAAGAGGUGGUGAUAGAUAACCGAUUAAGAGGAUCAUCGGUUCAAGAGAAUGAAGAGAUGAACGAUGUGUUUGGUAUAGCGAUGAUGUGUCUUGAACCCGAACCAGCAAUUAGACCAGCCAUGACUGAGGUUGUCAAAUUGCUCGAAUACAUCAAACUUUCCACACGUUCCUCUUUUUGAUGUUUCUCUUGUCAAGAAAAAUAAUCAAAUUCAGUUCCAAAAUAAAGUUUUGCUGAAGAAAAAGAUUUCGAGAUCUGCUUCUUUGAAAAGCUAAAUUGUAAUUUAAUACUCCAUAUUAGUAUAGUAAAGAUUAUUUAUAAUUGAUUUGUUUUAGUAUGGAAUAAAGGAUUAUUACACACAAAAAAGCC